AUGGGUUGGGGGAACAAAGGCGCGAUGGGCAAGGACCCGAACGACCCCGCGGCGCUUCUCGACCAGCUCAUGGGAAGCGCGCGGAACCUCACGGACGACCAGAAAGCGGUCGUGAAGCCGCCGUGGGAGACGUCCGACUGCUGCCCGCAUUUCCUCGCCGGAUGCUGCCCGAACUUCAUGUUCUCGUACGCGCAGAAGCGCUCGGACCUCCCGACGUGCGCGUACGCGGUGCACGACGACGCCAUCGCGUUGGAUUACCGCCGUGCGAACCUCCCGACGCUGCCGAAGUACGAGCAGCGGCUGCUCGACAAGCUUCGAAUUCUCGUCGACGGGAUGGACGAGAGGAUCGCGAAGGCGGUCGCGCGCGUGAAGGCCGAGAUGGUCGUGUCCGACCCGCGCACGGUCACCGCGAUCGCGGAGCUGUCCGCGAAGAUCGCCGCGCUCGUCGCCGCCGCGGAGAAAGCCGGGGACGAUGGCGACGUCGAGACCGCGGAGAAGGCGAUGGCGGAGGCGGACGAGCUCGCGAAGCUGAAAAAACCGUUGGAGGAGCGCCUGAAAGAGAACGAAGCCAUAAACGAAGCCGCCGCCAAGGUGACCGGGACCAUGUACGGCGAGCAAGAAGUCUGCGACGUGUGCUGCAGCAUCACGAACGCGAAGGACGAGCUGAACUGCGAGCGGCACAGGGAAGGGCAGAUGCACAUGGGGUGGACGAAGAUCAGAGAGACGCUUAAGCGUCUGGACGAGAAGUACCCGAACGCCGGCGGCGGCGGCGGCGGCGGCGGCGGCGAACUUCGCGAGCAGAAAGACGAUGUGGACGCGGAGGAGGGCGAGGUCAAGGGCGAGGCCCCGCCGCGACGACGCGAGCGGAGUCGGAGCCGGGAUAGGUACAGGCGCGACGACAGGGACAGGGACAGGGACGGGCGCCGGGACCGUAGAAGCCGAAGCAGGAGCAGGGAUAGGUACCGUCCGUACGACCGCGACGGCGGCGGCAGGGAUCGAUCGAGGGACCGGGAUCGCGACAGGGGGGGGUACUACCGGCGAUGA